AUGGAACUCUCCGACAUCUUUCGCUUCGUCAACUUGGCUCUCGGUGCCAUCACCGUCCUCGGCGGCAUCGCGCAAAUAUUCGGCUUCAGGCUCUCAACCAUCGUCGUCGGUGCCUACAUGAUUGUCUUUGGUCUCGCCAUCGCUCUGCUGGAGUUCCAGAUUCCUCCUCAAAUCUCCCGAUAUGCCUCCUUCCUCUUCUCCUUUGUCGGCCGAGGUGCUUUCUACAUUUUCCUUGGCGGCUUGCUACUGGGUGACAUGGUCAUCCAGAAGAUCGCAGGUGGCAUUGUCGGCAUCGUCGGCAUCGGCUAUGUCGUCCUCGAAUUCGUCCCUUCAAUCGAGCCCCCAACAAACAUGCGUGAGGCCGAUGUCGCAGGCUGGGGCGCUGAGCAGGUCUAG